UUUCACGUACUCAUGAGCAUUUAUGCUGAAAAUUUUGCAGGGCAUGGAUACACAAAGACCAGAAUAAAAACAUAUACAAUAGCAGGCAGCUCAAGCAUACUUAUGCUAUGUCUGCUUUUGUUUGCAUUUUGGUUGGGCUACAAGAAGUACGGAUGCAAAAAGAAAUCAAAGGAAAUGGCAAGGAUUGAGUCCAUCCUACAAAAGAAUGGAACCAUACAUCCAAAAAGAUACGCUUAUGCACAAGUGAAAAGAAUGACAAGAUCUUUUGCUGAAAAGCUAGGUCAAGGUGGAUUCGGUGCUGUAUACAGAGGCAGCUUCUCUGAUGGACGUCAGAUAGCAGUGAAGAUGCUAAAGGACUACAAGACUGAUGGGGAGGAUUUCAUCAAUGAAGUGGCUAGCAUUAGUAGAACUUCUCAUGUCAACGUCGUUACUCUCAUUGGAUUUUGCUUGGAAGGAUCCAAAAGGGCACUAAUUUAUGACUAUAUGCCUAAUGGUUCACUUGAACAGUAUGCUUUCAAGGACAACUCUAAAGGUAAAAUUAUUCUAGGUUCGGAGAAAUUAUUCGAUAUAGCAGUUGGCAUUGCUCGAGGACUUGAAUAUCUCCAUCGAGGAUGCAAUACUCGCAUCGUGCAUUUUGAUAUCAAACCCCACAACAUUUUGUUGGAUCAAGAUUUUUGUCCUAAGAUAUCUGAUUUUGGAUUGGCCAAGCUGUGCCUCAAUAAAGAAAGUGCUAUUUCCAUUGGUGGUGCUAGAGGGACAAUAGGCUAUAUUGCCCCUGAGGUCUAUUCGAAGCAAUUCGGAGCAGUAAGUAGCAAAUCUGACGUCUACAGUUAUGGAAUGAUGGUCCUUGAGAUGGUUGGGGCAAGGGAUAAGAAUAUCAGUGCAAACAGUGAAUCUAGCAGCCAAUAUUUCCCACAAUGGAUUUAUGAAAAUUUAGAUGAAUAUUGUGUUAGUGCUUCUGAAAUUAAUGGUGAGAUCACAGAGACUGUAAGGAAGAUGAUAGUGGUUGGUCUGUGGUGCAUACAGUUAAGUGCUACUGACCGUCCAACAAUGACUAGAGUCGUCGAGAUGCUAGAAGGGAGCACAAGUGUCCUUGAAUUGCCACCAAAGGUGUUGUUUAGUUGAUAAUCAUCAUCAACCAAUAUGUUAAUAUAGAUGCUGAGCACUUGCUCCAGUAUUGCACCAUUGUAAGGAGCUGAAAAUUUCAAGAUUUCCAUAUAAUGUUGUAAAUUGUGUGCAAGUCGCCUACCAAAUUGUGCACUUGCUUAUCAGGCCGUUGGGGCUUUAUCUGUAUAUAUGGGUCAUCCUCGGCCAAUAAUUUCUGGACAAAA